AAAUAUGAAUUACGAGACCCCUCAUACUCAAAAAAUGUUUACCCUGUUUUAAUCUCCUGCAUAAGUAGAUCUCUCUUACUACCUUUCCAUAGAUGCAAAGUCCUUAUUAAUAGCUAUUUCUAUUACAAAAUAGAGUUCCUGUAGAUAACCAACCAUAAUAGCCAAUCUAAAAAAUUAAGAAAUAACUUUCUAUUCCUAAACCUCCUACCCAAGUUAAAAAUAAACUACCUUCAAAAAUUAAUUAUUAAGGAUCUCAAAAAACUAUCCUUAAAAAUUAAUCUCCCAUUCAAACUUAUCAUACCAUGAUUGAUCUUAUCAGAUAAAAUUAGGAUUUAAAAAACGAAUUACUUGAAAUUGAAAAAGAUAUACAAAAUUAUAAAGUAUAUAUUAAUAUUCAUUUAGAGUCUGAUAGAUAUUCGAAUCAAGAAAUGA